AUGGUCGCGCAAGAUGAUUCGAGUGGAUCUCCGAUCGAACAGGAUGUACUGUCGGCAACAACCAACGAGCGGCUGGAUGAGGAGAACAGAAAGAAGACCUUAGCAUUCAAGGUCUCGCACAUCCUCGUCUCGCUGCUGUUAUUAUGGCUUCUUUCUGUACAAUUACUCGGACUUUUCUUCUUUGCGAAAGGAUUUCUUUUAACGCGACUCGUGCUGGACAGUAGAUCAGCUUGUGGGACGCUUCCUGAUGGCACUGAGUCAAGAGCGCAAGAUGGAUGCUGGCAUCCGAAAAGCUUUGAAAAGGCAGUGGUAAUAGUGGUAGAUGCAUUGCGGUACGACUUCACGAUUCCAUCCCACGCUGCGCCAGCGGAUCGAAGCCCAGGUCAUUACCUGGACAAUAUCCCAUUCUUAUAUGAUACGGCGGCAUCCUACCCAGGAAAUGCGCUUCUCCUUCCGUUCAUCGCCGAUCCACCCACGACGACGCUACAGAGGCUGAAAGGUCUUACCACCGGCACGCUUCCAGUCUUCAUCGAUGGCGGUUCCAACUUCGCCGGCACUGCGAUCGAGGAGGACAGCCUGAUCUCUCAAUUGGUCGCUGCUGGCAAGAGUGUGGUGCACCUCGGUGAUGACACAUGGCACGCGCUAUUCCCAGAUUCGUUCAAUAAGAACCUCACACGUGCAUACGAUUCUUUUAAUGUUUACGACUUGCAUACUCUCGACAACGGCGUCAUCGAGCAUAUUAUGCCAUUGUUGCAACGAGAUCGGAGGCAUGAAUGGGAUGUGAUCAUUGGCCAUUUCCUUGGCGUUGAUCACGCUGGUCACCGCUACGGCCCAGAUCACCCCGCGAUGGCCGAUAAACAGCAGCAAAUGAACAGAGUCCUCAGCCAGAUCGCCCACGAUAUAGACGAUGAUACACUACUGGUUGUGCUGGGAGAUCAUGGCAUGGACACCAAAGGCGACCACGGUGGGGAGUCAGACGAAGAGGUGGAGGCGGCGUUAUGGAUGUACACCAAGAAGCCCCAUUUUGGUCGCACAGAUCAAUCUCACCAGAGGCCGCCAUCCACUGCCAAAGAACGACGCGUUGGCCAGAUAGAUUUGGUAUCGACCCUAUCUCUACUGCUUGGCUUGCCUAUACCGUACAACAACCUUGGCACACCGAUUCCUGAAUGCUUCGUCGGCCGCAGCAGCAAUGACUGGCACAACUUGGCUGCGGUGGAAAUGCUAGCGUGGCGUCAAAUCCAGAACUAUCAGGACGAGUACAGCAAGAUGAAGGAUCUGGGAGCAAAUUCAGUCCAGCACAGUCUGAACCAACUCGUGCUUCAAUCAUCGCAGCAGAAGUCACCUACCUGGCGGGAAGUGCAUGAAAACUACCAGAGUUGGCAUCGCGAGACUAUUGGCAUGUAUCGGCGUUUGUGGGCAAAUUUCAACUUGACUGACAUGGUCUGUGGCGUAUUCAUCUCGAUGUUGGCACUGGUGGCGCUGUUCACAUUCUCUCGCCUCUUCGUUGGCGACAUAGCCAAUUAUGCGCCGGAGCUUCUCAGGUCAAUCUGCGCUGGUGUCGGUGGUGGAAUCUUCGCUGGGCCUCUCCUUGGGGUAGCCCUCCCAGAUUAUUUCUCCGCAGUAUCUGGAGGCGUUUUCGGCUUUGCAGUGGGAGGGAUCUUUGCUUUUCUUGCAAAUCUGUGGCGACGACGAGACGCGUCUGUGCACCUGUCUGUUCCAUCGGUAUGGGGCUGGCUUUCACUUUUCUUCUGCAUCAGUCAGUCGGCCGGCUUUGCUGCAAACUCGUACACCAUUCACGAGGACACUAUACUGCUGUUCUUCCUUACCACCUUCGGCGCAGUGGCUUUGAUUUCUUCUCUUCGACAGUCCUCAACAGCCGAUCGAGUUUUGGGCACAUAUCAGUCUGUGGUGUUCAUCAUUCUAACACGCUUGUCGUCCUAUUCCAGGCUAUGUCGGGAGGAGCAGAUGCCUGGCUGUCGAUCAACAUUCUAUGCUUCAUCGAGCUCCUCGACGUCAGCGCCGUGGCAGCUUCUCAUCCCCUACACGAUUGCACUGUUCCUUCCAGAGAUCAUCAAGGCAUUCUACAAAGGAACCGCAUCCUGGACGGGCUCUGCCGGCUUCUGGAUCGGUCUGGGUUUGCGCUUGGGUUUGACUUUCGUCGCCGUCUACUGGACGCUCGAUGCUGCUGACAACGGCAACUGGCUCGAAGAGCGUUUGUCGACUGAUAUACUGAAGACCAUCAACAUCACAGUUGCGAGACUUGCCCUCGCCGUGGCGUUACCUAUCGGAAUCAGCACGUUCAUCUGGGCGCAGCCUUGCCUCGAUAUCAACCUAAAUCACGGCGUUCAAGCUGCCAACGGUGGACGGUCUAAGCCUCAAAUAGUUAUCCUGGGAUAUGCCAACGCGUUCGGUAGUCGGUUCUUCCUGAUGAUACCAUUGCUAGUUGUGGCCAUAUCGCUGCUUCUACCGCCAAUGGGCCAAUUCUCUAUCGCCAUUUGCACAUGGCAGAUCCUCAGCCUGCUCGAGAUCCUUGAUUCUAAUCAUCUUACCAUCAAUGCGGUUUCCAAGGCUUCGAUUGGGCCGAUUGUCCUGGCUAUGCUUGGGAGCUAUCACUUCUUCAAAACCGGACAUCAGGCCGUUCUCUCGUCAAUUCAAUGGAAUGCCGCCUUCAUUCCUCUGCGAACAAUCCACUAUCCCUGGACGCCAAUGCUAAUGACACUGAACGAAUUCGGUGCACAGAUUCUGUGCGCAGCUGCAGUGCCACUGCUGGUCCUCUGGAAGCGGCCGAUUCAUAGGGAGGGCUUGCGAGGAAUCUGGAGCGAUGUGAUUAGCGCGACCCUCACUCAUGCUCUCUACUAUGCGACGAUCCAAGUCGCGACAACUAUGUGGGCUGGUCACCUCCGGCGACAUCUGAUGCUGUAUCGUGUCUUCAUGCCGCGCUUCCUACUGGCAAGUGGAGUGCUUUUGGUCGUAGAUGUUGCACUGAUCUUUAUUGCGCUCCCGAGCGUCCGCGUAACAGGUUUGAGCAUUGGGGAAGUUUUCGGCUACUAA